ACACGCGCGCGCACUUUCCCUUAGCUGUGCUUUUGUGUUUUGUCAGAAUUAAUGAGAAAAGUUCCCUUGCCCUAGGGGUAAUUAGUGUCCUUGGAGUUAAAUAAGCUAAUACUUAGACACCUCUGGCACAAGCAAUUAUGUUUGUGUAUUGAAUAAUUGAUUCAAAGAGGGGGGAAGGGCCGCUAAUCAGAUCUGAGCAUAAUGAAUUGAUUUAAUUAACAGGGGAAUCCGAGGGUCUCUGGGAACGGCGCACGUUUAUUCAGCAGCAGGAGCGAGAGCAGCACACACAUAAAUUGGGAGGGAUAGGCAGUGUGAGUAUGCUUUUAGCAGUUGUCGGGUCUAGAAUUGGAUUUCUUGAAUAUAGUUACAGUUACGGAGCAAAUGAGAGCAGGGGAGAGGACAGCGCUUCACUGUACGGAGAACUCGGCAGUUUAAUGUAACGAUAGGCUUUUUAACAUCUCGCCGCGGACGAAUUCAAGUUGAAUUUAUCCUGCUAAUCCUAACUAGGGCUUCGUAUGGAAUACAUCGACGCUACUCGGCUUGGUUUAGACGUUUUUAAUUGCACUUACAGUUUAGUCGAGGGCAUUACACGGUGUCCGAGGGAGCAAAGCAAGACAGAAUCAGGAAUCGCACUGUAGUAGGUUGUCCGAGAAAUUAACAAUAGAAUAACAACAAGCUAUUCCUAUUCAUCCUACAUGGGUUUCCAUUAUUGAACAAGCCAACAGCCAUACGCGCCUGCAAAUUAAAGCUCGCCGUGCCAAGUGCAAUCCGGCGGUGACUGCCGAGCGAUUUCUGACGACGAGUACACCGACUAGUGAAGUCUGCUGGAGCCGAGGACGGAUCGCCUGGAGCCGGACCCCUCGUUCCUCAGGACGAUGGUGUUAGACAAGGAGGAGGGUGUGCCGAUGCUCUCCGUGCAGCCCAAAGGGAAACAGAAGGGGUGCGCAGGCUGCAAUCGCAAGAUUAAAGACCGCUACCUGCUGAAGGCGCUGGACAAAUACUGGCACGAGGACUGCCUGAAGUGUGCCUGCUGCGACUGCCGGCUGGGGGAGGUGGGCUCCACCCUCUACACCAAAGCCAACCUCAUACUCUGCCGUCGCGACUACCUGAGGCUCUUUGGUACAACGGGGAACUGUGCUGCCUGCAGUAAACUCAUCCCAGCCUUUGAAAUGGUGAUGAGAGCCAGAGAUAAUGUUUACCAUUUGGACUGUUUUGCCUGUCAGCUUUGUAACCAGAGGUUUUGCGUGGGCGACAAGUUUUUCCUAAAGAACAACAUGAUUCUGUGUCAGAUGGACUAUGAGGAGGGACAGCUGAACGGCAGCUUUGAGGCGCAGGUCCAAUAGCCAAGCUCAGCUCAGCUCGGCUCGGCCCGGCCCAGUGGACGGUGGCAGCAGCACCCCUCUGU